AUGACACUGACCAGCAAAAUACCAUCGGAAGAAUCGGCUUCUCAGGAUGUUGAAAAGCUCUCUCAGGGUUCUAAAAAGCAGCCCGAAACGGAGGAGCCCAGUGGUGUUAUGCGGUGGCUCGUGGUAUUGGCAUGUUUCAUAUAUAAUAUCACCUGCUGGGGCGCAAAUUCUAGCUACGCCAUUUACAUUGAACAAUAUAUCAACAAUGGCACUUUUGAGGGUGGCAACGAGCUACAUUUUUCAGCAAUUGGCGGUAUCGCCUUUGGCGCAGGCCUGCUCUUUGCUCCAAUCAUUACGUGGCUUUAUCGUCGCUUCAGUGUGCAGGCAGUAAUAGCUAUUGGAAUUGUCUUUCAAGCCGUUGCCUUUAUGCUAGCCGCCUACUCAAAAAAAUUAUGGCAACUUUAUCUAACGCAAGGUGUUUUAUUGUCCUUCGGAUUGGCCUUCAUGUUCAUUCCGAGCAUUACGCUAAUACCAUUUUGGUUUUACAAGCAGCGUGCUUUGGCUAUGGGAAUUGCUACUAGUGGUAGCGGUAUUGGUGGCAUUGCCUUUAAUUUAGGCAUGCAGCGCAUGAUUCAAGUCCGGAGUGUCAAAUGGGCGCUUAUUGUGCAGUUUAUUGUGUGCUUUGUUCUCAAUUGCAUUGCAUUGGUUUUUACUAGAACUCGAGAGAGUACCGGUUCCAAGAACGCGGUUAACCGCAUUCAGCUUUUUGACAAGCAGCUCUUUUCCAACAUUGGAUUUUGGCUUUUAAUGGGGUGGGUUUCAUUCACCAUGUUGGGUUACGUCGUGGUAUUGUACACCCUUUCAGCCUUUACCGUGGGGCUUGGAUAUUCAGCUAGGCAGGGUUCGUACGUAUCGUGCAUGAUCAGUGUUGGGUGGACAGUUGGGCGGCCAAUGGUAGGUUACCUAUCUGAUAGAUUUGGUGUCCUGAGUGUUGGAACCAUAGUGCAUUUAGUGUUGGCACUGUUGUGUUGGGCAAUGUGGAUACCAUGUUCAAACUUGGCCACCGCCAUUGCGUUUGGUCUGCUCCAAGGAAUUUUUAUGGGGACAAUUUGGGCAACUGUUGGUUCAACUGUUGCAAGAGUUGUUGGUCUUAAAAAGAUGAGCGUCACUUUCUCAUUUGUAUGGAUUUUCGUGGCCGCCUUUGGAAUGGUAUCACCGAUCAUCGGUCUAAAAUUGUCGUCUGAAGGUUCCGAUGGCAGUGACUAUGUAAACACGGCUAUUUUCAGCGGCUUUGGAUACUUUGGAGGAGCAUUGUGUCAGUGGCUCUUGAGAGGCUACAUCAUAGCUCGCGACAAACUGAUAAGAUCAGAGAAGGUCGAAAAUGAUGCCAACGAAUUGCAUUACCAAACCAAACCAGUGGAAGUUUUCAAGAGUUUAUUUCAAGUUACUAAUUUACCUAGAAAAGUAUAA